AUGAAACGAGAACCAAGAACCGGUAUCGACAUUCUCGUAGUGGGAGGCGGCAUCGGCGGACUCACCUUUGCAAUCGAGGCCCACCGCAAGGGACACGAUGUGCGCGUUCUUGAACGGAAUGACGAAGGUCAAUACUCGGGUGAGAUCAUCAUGAUCACCAGCUCAGCGCUCGAAACGCCCAAGAAAUGGCCAGGAUUCUUAGAACGCCUCAGGGCCCUCGCAUCGCCACCAACCUUUGACCUGCGCAAAUACGACGGCACCUUCAUCCAACACCAUGCUCCUGGCAACUCUGCAAAUCCGUCUUUGAGCAUCUACCGAAAGAGGCUGCAUAGUUUGCUGAAUACCUACGUCAAAGAGCUCGGCGGUGUUAUUCUCAAAAGUGGUCAGAGGAUAACUGCAGAUGUAGUGGUAGCCGCAGAUGGUGUAGGCUCUAGGUCCCGCGAGAUCAUCGACGGGAAUAGAGAGAAGCCGAUUAGUUCUGGCUUUGUUGUUUACAGGACUUCUUUUCCUACUGGGCCGGCGAUGGACAAGUAUCCCCUUGUUGCGAGGGAGUUUCUGGGGCACGAUCACCGUGGUUUCAUGUAUAUUGGUCCCGGCGCGCAUAUGGUUAUUUCUCAUGACAAUGGCGAGCUGUGCUAUCUAUUGACUUGUAAGGAUGAGAACGGUACGGCAACAGAGAGCUGGUCGAAAACCACUUCCACGGAUAGGAUUCUGGAUGUUGUAAAAGAUUGGGAUCCUUUUGUUACGGAGGUGAUCAAGGCGACACCGAACAAUCAGGUGCUCGACUGGAAGCUGAUGUGGCGUGAUCCACAGCCGCAGUGGGUGUCGAAAGGCGGCCAUGUCGUGCAGCUGGGCGAUGCUGCCCAUCCCUUCUUGCCUACGUCGUUCAGUGGCGGCACGAUGGCCAUGGAAGACGCGUACUCACUAGCAGCCUGUCUACAUGUUGCCGGGAAGCAGCACGUUGCGCUUGCAACCAAGGUGCACAAUAAGCUGAGGUUUGAGCGAGUAUCCUGCGCGCAGAAACUAGGAUUCAAGAAUCGUGAGAUCUUUCAAAACACCGACUGGAAAGACGAAAAGGCGGCGCCGACAAAGCAGCACAAGAUGGUCGGAGAUUGGUUGGUCUGUCACAAUCCCGAGAAGUAUGUUUACGAUAACUACCACAAGUGUGCUGAGCAUUUGGACACGGGUGUCGAGUUCUUGAACACGAACAUACCGCCAGGAUAUGAGUACAGACCGUGGACCGUCCGCGGGCUGCUGGGGGCCUCGGAACGUGGCGAAGUGGUUGAGGAUGAAGGCGACUGGUCCUAA